CGCAAACCUAACUGUGUUAUCGGGAUGAUUCAGGAAACAGACCAAUCCGACCCGACCCAAAUAUAUACAAACCCUAGUAUUUAUGAGCCUUUUCGUCCACCCUUUCAUCUCGCGCUCCUCAGGUUGGCCGCUGAUCAGUUCUGUGCUUCAGGGAGAAAUGGCUGAAGAAACUAAGGCAGCAGCUAUUAUCCCUGAAUCUGUGUUAAAGAAAAGGAAGAGAAGUGAGGAAUGGUCCUUGUUGAAGAACCAAGAACUGAAGGUAAAGAAGGAAAAAAAUGCUGAAAAUAGAAAGAUAAUCUUCAAGAGGGCUGAGCAAUAUGGCAAAGAAUACACAGAAAAGGAAAGAGAGUUGAUAAGAUUGAAAAGAGAUGCCAAACUGAAAGGAGGAUUUUAUGUUGAACCAGAGGCCAAACUACUAUUUAUUAUUCGCAUCCGUGGUAUCAAUGCAAUGGAUCCAAAGACAAGAAAAAUUUUGCAACUUCUGCGUCUGAGACAGAUAUUUAAUGGGGUGUUCCUCAAAGUGAACAAAGCAACAAUGAACAUGCUGCAUAAGGUUGAGCCAUAUGUGACUUAUGGAUAUCCCAAUCUUAAAAGCGUGCGGGAGUUGAUCUAUAAGAGGGGUUAUGGAAAGCUGAACAAGCAGAGGAUUGCUCUUACUGAUAAUUCCAUCGUUGAACAGGCCUUGGGAAAUUUUGGAAUUAUUUGCAUGGAAGAUUUGAUUCACGAGAUCAUGACUGUGGGGCCUCAUUUCAAGGAGGCAAAUAACUUUCUGUGGCCAUUUAAACUGAGUGCUCCAUCUGGAGGUUUGAAGAAGAAAAGAAACCAUUAUGUGGAGGGUGGUGAUGCUGGAAAUCGUGAGGAUUACAUAAAUGAGUUCAUUAGGAGGAUGAAUUAAAUCCUAUUAUCUUUCUUGGGUUGUUUUGGUUUUUGGUUUUGAGAAUAGCCAGACCCUUGAGAGUUAUGCAGGCUCUAAGCAUUGGGAGUGCUUUCUGGCUAAAAUAUUAUUUUCUUUACCUUCUUCGAGUUGCCGAAGUUGAAAACUUUUAAUGUACUAUUUUUCAUUUUUGUUUACAUUUUCAUUGCGGUUUAGCUGCUCUACUUUUGUUAUUCCCGGAAUUUCAUGAUUAUUUAUUUCUGGUUGAAUCAUAAGAUAUUUUGUUGUA